UGUUCAAAAUGCCCAUGUUGUUGGAAUAUGAAGCGAUUGCCGAGUGAAUUCAAACAAUUAUUGCAUAAACAGAACACCUUUCGUUUAGUCUUAUUUAAACGGUAAUUUCCGCUUACGUAGAAUGGCUGCUGCGAGUGCUGGCCAACAAUUGCAUCAGCAACAACACCAUCAACAACAGCAACAACCACAGCAGGAAUUAAAUGUGAUUGCGCUGCGUCAGCCUUUUCAGCAAUCAAUGAAACAUCAUCAACAACAACACCAACAAAAUGCACUGACGUUGCAACAACAACAACAAGCAUUGCCGACGCAGUUGCAACAACAGCAGCAGCAACAUCAACAAGAACAGCAAAUGCAGCAACAUAUACAAUUGCAAUUGCAGCACAUGAAUAAUGGUCAACAGCAAUUGCUGCAACAGCAGCAGCAAGUACAGCUUCAACACCAUACACAACAGCCAACGUCACAGCAACUACGCGCCACAAAAUAUACCACGCGUGUUGCUUCCAAUGCGCAAAUGUUUGCUCAACAACAACAAAUACAGCAGCAGCAACAGCAGCUACAAAGACAGCAGCAACAGCAACAGCUGCAAGCUUUACCAGCUGGUAUGGUAAAUGGCGCACCAACCCUUGCUGCUUGCAAUAGUGCAACACGCGGCGGCCAACAGAUAAAUUCUUAUCAGCCGCAGCCGCAGCCGCAGCAGCACCAGCACAAUACUGCAGCAAUGCAGCAACAUCACCAGCAGCAGUUGCAACAGCAGCAGCAACAACACCAGCAGCAGUUGCAAGCGCAACAGCAACAGCAACA